AUGGCAGCGCGCAGAGCCACGCCGCAGGAGGCCGCGGCCGCGGCCGCGGAGGCCGCCAUACGCUCCGUCGGCCUCGGCUUCGACGUCGUCAGCGACGUCCGCCUCAAGUACUGCAAGCAGCGGGGCGCGCCCGAUCCCUGGCUCAUCGAGCUCGACCAUGGGGAGGUCCAGGAUAUCGUGCUGCCCGGCGGCGUCACCGUUGCUGGCGUCACAAAAUCGGUUAAGUGCGACAAAGGGGAGCGGAUGAGGUUCCGCUCGGAUGUCCUGUCGUUCCAGCAGAUGUCUGAGCAAUUCAACCAGGAGCUAUCUUUGUCUGGGAAAAUUCCAUCUGGCUUCUUCAAUACUAUGUUUGAGUUUUCUGGCAGCUGGCAGAAAGAUGCUGCUAAUACCAAAACACUUGCUUUUGAUGGUUGGUAUGUCACACUAUACAGUGUCGCACUCUCAAAAGGGCAAAUUGUACUCCGGGAUCAUGUUAAACAGGCUGUUCCAUCAACCUGGGAACCUGCUGCCUUGGCAAGGUUCAUUAAAAAAUUUGGCACUCAUAUAGUUGUUGGUCUAAAGAUGGGCGGGAAAGAUGUAAUUUAUUUGAAGCAACAGCAUUCAUCGACCUUGCAAGCUGCUGAUGUUCAAAAACGAUUGAAGGAGAUAUCAGACAGGAGAUUUUUUGAUGCAAAUGGGCAAUCUGACAUGGGUUUCAAGGACACAUAUGGGAACAAUAAGAGUGAUAUCAGAGAGCAACAGCUGAGAUUUGUACAGUCCAGUCCAUUGAAUUCUUACUCGUCAACUGAGGAUUUGGUGAUGAUGCCUAAGCGAAGAGGUGGGAGGGACAAAGAAUUUAUAUCUCAUAGCGAGUGGCUUAAUACUGUUCAAGCAGAGCCUGAUGUUAUCUCAAUGUCCUUUAUACCAAUCACUUCACUAUUGAAUGGAGUUCCUGGAAGUGGAUUUUUGAACCAUGCAAUUAAUCUGUAUCUCCGACAUAAACCCUCAGUCGAGGAAUUACAUCAGUUUCUGGAGUUCCAGCUACCAAGGCAGUGGGCACCUGUUUACAGUGAUCUCGCUCUGGGCCCUCAGAGGAAAAGACAAAGCAGUACAUCGUUGCCAGUAAAUAUAAUCGGUCCAAAGCUUUAUAUUUGCACUAACAUGGUUGAUGUGGGUAAAAGACCAGUUACAGGACUCCGGUUGUUCCUUGAAGGAAGGAAGAGCAACAAAUUAGCUAUACAUCUCCAACAUCUAUGCUCUCUUCCUCAAAUUAUUCAGCUUGAAGAUGACCCUUACAAUCACCAAAUUCCAGAAUAUGACCGCAAAUACUACGAACCAAUUGGACCGUGGAAGCGUUUCUCUCAUGUCUGCACAGCACCAGUCGAGUCAGAUGAUUUGUCCAUUGUCACAGGGGCACAAUUAGAUGUGGUUAACCAUGGCCUCAAGAAAAUUCUGUUCCUUCGCCUGCAUUUCUCCAAAGCCUGCAAUGCCAUUGUAAGGAACUCGGAAUGGGAGAAUUCUCCCAACCUAGCUCAGAAAUCAGGCCUUAUCUCAACACUCAUCAGCACACAUUUCUCCUCAGUAGCUCAGAAGCCCCCACCACGGCCAGCGGAUGUGAACAUAAACUCGGCAGUGUACCCUGGUGGCCCACCUGUUCCAGUGCAGACCCCAAAGCUGCUCAAGUUUGUUGAUCCAACAGAGAUGAUGCGUGGGCCGCAGGACUCACCGGGCUAUUGGGUGGUUUCAGGCGCAAAGCUGAACCUUGAGAGGGGUAAGAUAUCAUUGCGGGUGAAAUACUCACUGUUGACAGCUAUGAUGCCAGAUGAUGAGUCACUUGAUGAUGAUGAAUUUUAG